AGCCGUCCUGCGCGGGCGCUCGCUCCUCGCCUUUUCUCGGUCGCGGAGGCUCGGUCGCGUCGGUGAGCCCGGGUCCGUGCCGCCCAUCGAGGAGAAGCGUGUCCUCGCCCCGGCUUUUUGUCUGACAGAGCCUCGGCUGUAUCCUGUUGGUGCCACUCGGGUAGAACGGGGCUGCCGAGAGCGUGCCCGGGAGAAAAGAACCUUCCUUUUUCCGCUUCAGCCCCGGCUUUCCUCUCCUUUCAAAUAAUACUGGCUUUUAUAAACCAUUUCAGUGAAGGAAAAGAUGCCUGCCACGCAGAAGCCGAUGAGAUAUGGACAUACAGAGGGCCACACAGAUGUCUGUUUCGAUGAUUCUGGGAGUUGUAUUGUGACUUGUGGAAGUGAUGGUGAUGUGAGGAUUUGGGAAGACUUGGAUGAUGAUGAUCCUAAGUCCAUUAAUGUUGGAGAAAAGGCAUAUUCAUGUGCUUUGAAGAAUGGAAAAUUGGUCACUGCAGUAUCUAACAAUACUAUUCAAGUCCACACAUUUCCUGAAGGAGUUCCAGAUGGUAUAUUGACACGCUUCACCACGAAUGCAAACCAUGUGGUCUUUAAUGGAGAUGGUGCAAAAAUCGCUGCUGGAUCUAGUGAUUUUCUAGUCAAAGUUGUGGAUGUGAUGGAUUGCAGCCAACAGAAAACAUUUCGAGGACAUGAUGCGCCUGUUUUAAGUCUUUCCUUUGAUCCUAAGGACAUCUUUCUGGCAUCAGCUAGUUGUGAUGGAUCUGUUAGAGUGUGGCAAAUUUCAGAUCAGACAUGUGCUAUUAGUUGGCCACUGCUACAAAAAUGCAAUGAUGUGAUAAAUGCAAAAUCAAUGUGCAGACUUGCUUGGCAGCCAAAAAGUGGGAAGUUGCUGGCAGUUCCUGUGGAUAAAUCUGUUAAGCUAUAUAGAAGAGAAACUUGGAGUAAUCAGUUUGAUCUUUCAGAUAAUUUCAUCUGUCAGACCCUCAAUAUAGUAACCUGGUCUCCUUGUGGGCAGUAUUUAGCUGCAGGGAGUAUUAAUGGUUUAAUUAUAGUUUGGAAUGUGGAAACCAAAGAUUGCAUGGAAAGGGUGAAACAUGAGAAGGGUUAUGCAAUUUGUGGCCUGGCGUGGCAUCCUACUUGUGGCCAAAUAGCUUAUACUGAUGCAGAAGGAAAUCUCGGGCUCCUGGAGAAUGUUUGUGACCCCAAUGGAAAGACAUCAAGCAGUAAGGCAUCUAGCAGAGUGGAAAAGGAUUACAAUGAUCUUUUUGAUGGAGAUGAUACAAGUAAUGCUGGUGAUUUUCUAAAUGACAAUGCAGUCGAGACUCCCUCUUUUUCAAAAGGGAUUAUAAAUGAUGAUGAGGAUGAUGAUGACCUCAUGCUGGCUUCAGGUCGUCCUAGACAGCGAAGUCACAUCCUAGAAGACGAUGAAAACUCAGCUGAUGUUACAAUCCUAAAAACUGGUUCUAGGCUUCUCAAAGAGGAGGAGGAAGAUGAUCAGGCAGGCGGCAUUCACAAUCUACCACUUGUAAUAUCUCAGAGGCCGUUUUAUGAUGGACCUACGCCAACUCCCCGGCAAAAGCCUUUCCAGUCAGGUUCCACACCCUUGCACCUCACUCACAGAUUCAUGGUGUGGAACUCUAUUGGAAUUAUUCGCUGCUAUAAUGAUGAGCAAGACAAUGCCAUAGAUGUGGAGUUCCAUGAUACUUCCAUACACCAUGCAACACACUUAUCAAACACUUUGAAUUAUACAGUAGCAGAUCUUUCCCAUGAAGCUAUUUUAUUGGCAUGUGAAAGCACCGAUGAACUAGCAAGCAAACUUCACUGCCUGCACUUCAGUUCUUGGGAUUCAAGCAAGGAGUGGAUCGUAGACAUGCCGCAGAAUGAGGAUAUUGAAGCCAUAUGUCUUGGUCAGGGAUGGGCUGCUGCCGCCACUAGUGCCUUGCUCCUCCGAUUGUUCACUAUUGGAGGUGUUCAGAAAGAGGUUUUCAGUCUUCCUGGGCCUGUGGUGUCAAUGGCAGGACAUGGAGAACAGCUUUUCAUUGUUUAUCAUAGAGGUACAGGAUUUGAUGGGGAUCAGUGCCUUGGAGUUCAACUGCUAGAGCUGGGGAAAGAGAAAAAACAAAUUUUUUAUGGUGAUUCUCUUCCUCUUACAAGGAAGUCCUACCUUGUAUGGGUUGGAUUUUCAGCUGAAGGUACCCCCUGUUAUGUGGAUUCAGAAGGCAUUGUUCGAAUGCUUAACAGAGGGCUUGGUAAUACAUGGACUCCAGUAUGUAACACUAGAGAACACUGCAAAGGAAAAUCUGAUCACUACUGGGUGGUUGGUAUCCAUGAAAAUCCCCAGCAACUGAGGUGCAUUCCUUGUAAAGGUUCUCGGUUUCCUCCCACCCUUCCACGCCCUGCUGUAGCUAUAUUGUCCUUUAAGCUUCCUUACUGUCAGAUUGCAACAGAGAAAGGACAAAUGGAGGAACAAUUUUGGCGUUCAGUUAUGUUUCACAAUCACCUUGAUUAUUUAGCUAAAAAUGGUUAUGAAUAUGAAGAGAGUACUAAAAAUCAAGCAAUAAAAGAACAACAGGAACUUUUAAUGAAAAUGCUUGCGCUUUCUUGUAAACUGGAGCGGGAAUUUCGUUGUGUGGAACUUGCUGAUCUAAUGACUCAAAAUGCUGUGAAUUUAGCCAUUAAAUAUGCUUCUCGUUCUCGGAGAUUAAUAUUGGCCCAACGACUUAGUGAACUGGCUGCAGACAAGGCAGCAGAAUUGGCAGCCACCCAGGUAGAACAGGAAGAAGAGGAAGAGGAUUUCAGAAAAAAGCUGAAUGCUGGUUAUAGUAAUACUGCUACAGAGUGGAGCCAGCCAAGGCUCAGAAAUCAAGUUGAAGAAGAUGCAGAGGACACUGGAGAAGCUGAUGAUAUAGAAGAAAAACCAGAAAUACAUAAACAUGGACAGAACCCAUUUUCCAAAAGUGCAAAUUCCUCUGAUGUUCCAGCUCUUAAGUCAGGUGCAGUUACCUCUAACAGCCAAGGACGAGUAAACCCCUUUAAGGUGUCAGCCAAUUCCAAAGAGCCAGCCAUUUCAGUGAAUUCAUCACGUUCAACUCAUAUUUUAGACAAUAUAAACAAAUCAUCCAGGAAAUCUGUACUUAAUCGAGCUACCAAUAAUGAAAAGUCUCCAGUUAUAAAGCCUCUGGUUCCAAAGGCAAAGUCUAAGCAGGCAUCUGCAGCAUCCUAUUUCCAGAAAAGAACUUCCCAAGCUGAUAAGACUGAGGAAGUGAAAGAAGAAAAUCCUAAAAAUCCAUCAUCUGAAACCCCAGCGAUGUGUCCUCAGAACACUGAAAACCCAAGGCCAAAGACUGGGUUCCAGAUGUGGCUGGAAGAAAACAGAAGUAAUAUUUUGUCUGACAAUCCUAACUUUUCGGAUGAAGCAGACAUAAUAAAAGAAGCAAUGAUUCGAUUUAGAGCAUUGUCAACUGAAGAAAGGAAGGCGUGGGCUACCAAGGGCAGAGGAGAAACUGCAGGUGAUGGAGCCGGAGCAAAGAAGCGGAAAUGUGCGGUUGAGGAGGGUAAUGAAACUGAACCAGAAAGGAAAAGCAAGGAGAGUCUGAAGUCGCCCAAAAAGCAAAGACCUUUAGAUCUUUCUACGAAUCAGAGACUGUCAGCUUUUGCAUUUAAGCAGGAAUAGAGUAAGGAAGUGACCUUAGGAAAGUAAUGGAUUUUUUACUCAUCUUUGAUAAAUCUGGACUGUUAUUUUUUAAUCUUUGGGAAACUCAUUAUAUAUUUUUAAAAGAAUUUAAAGACAACUGUUUGUCUUUAUCAGAUAAUGUAUUAAUUAUAUUGGUGUAAGUAACAGGGCAGGUGUAAAAACUAUCAUCUCUGCAGAUUGCUCUGCCCCCAAAUGGAGGGCCAUUCAGAAGCAUUGUGAUUGUGGUCACUGACUUGAGGCCACCAGCAUGUCCCAGUGGAAGUCAGUUUGAUUUUGUUUCUUACCUUCAAAGUCAUCAAAGCCAAGGUCUUAAAACCUCUGAGCAUUGAAGUACCUUCUAGAAGUUUCCUUGUUUGGUUUAUGUCCUGUACUGGGAAGUACCGUAGUGGUCCUCUUCCCCAGUGUGCUACCAUAGGCUGCUCUCUAUGUCUAGACUGGACCUAGGGGACCAUGUUUUUUAAUAUGGGCCCUAAACAUGUAAAUAAUUUUGUAGAUGAGACUUUUUCUUUUGUGUGUUUUGGAAAUUUCUUCAUAUAUGGCUUUCAGUUGUCUAUGGCCUAUUUUUUUUUUUAAAUAAAUGAAACUUCAACAUUUCCAUGUUUGGCUUGA